GUCACCCCAAGAUUGUUGUGAGGAGUCUGGCCACUUGGUGAACUGAGUAAUCAAAACCAUCUGUUUCAGACCGAGGCCCCCAUUUGCAUUGUUUGACAUACUCUGAAAAUGAAGUGUUCAUUUUUAACAUUCCUGCAGCAAUUGGUCUAAUGCUGUAUUACGGAAGAUUGCUAAGCUGAACCAGGUGCCCCCACUCCAGUCCUCACUCCAGACGUUACAGAGCAGGCAGCACAUCUCUCCCUGGGACUUACAUCACUAUCAGACCCGCACUGACCUUGCACACAAGGAACCUGAUCACGACCUGGCUUUCUGCACAUGCACCGGGAACAUUUAUGCAACGGAAUAUGCUGAAAAUCAGAAUAUUCACUCUGAUCACUCUCUGUCUCUGCAUCACAGACUCAGUACAUGCACAGCAGUGCACCAAUGGCUUUGAGAUGGACCGGUCAUCAGGGCAGUGUUUAGAUGUGGAUGAGUGUCGGACUAUUCUGGAUGCCUGCAGAGGAGAUAUGAUGUGCGUAAAUCAAAACGGAGGAUAUCUAUGCAUUCCUCGCACCAACACCAUGUUUAGACCUAAUUUCCGUAACCCAUAUCUACCAGCUGCUGCGGCACCACUUCCACCUCCAAAUUUCCCAUCACCUGCCCGACCCCUCAUCUGCCGUUUUGGGUAUCAACUUGAUGAAGACAACCAGUGUGUAGAUGUAGACGAGUGUGCCAGUGAGUCCCACCAGUGUAACCCGACUCAGAUAUGUAUCAAUACGGAAGGAGGAUACACCUGCUCCUGUACAGAAGGCUAUUGGCUACUGGAGGGACAGUGUUUAGACAUAGAUGAAUGUCGUUAUGGUUACUGCCAGCAGCUCUGUGCCAAUGUACCAGGAUCAUAUUCCUGCACAUGUAAUCCAGGCUUUAUCCUGAACUCUGAUGGGAGGUCCUGCCAAGAUGUAGAUGAAUGUAUCACUGAUAACCCAUGUGUACAGACAUGCAUGAACACGUAUGGAUCAUAUCUGUGCCGCUGUGAACCAGGGUAUGAGUUAGAUGAAGAUGGAGUCAACUGCAGCGAUAUGGAUGAAUGCAGCGUUUCAGAAUUCCUGUGCCAGCAUGACUGUGUCAAUGAGCCAGGUUCCUACUACUGCAGCUGCCCAGGAGGCUACGUCUUGCUUGAUGAUAGCAGAACCUGCCAAGAUAUUGAUGAAUGUGACACAGGGAACAACACUUGCACCCUGCAACAGUUGUGCUUCAAUAUUCCUGGAAGCUACAGGUGCCUAGAUUCAGUGCGGUGUGAAGAACCCUAUAUGCAGAUCAAUGAUAAUCGGUGCAUGUGUCCUGUGGAGAACACAGCCUGCAGAGACCAGCCUUUUACCAUUGUCCAUAGACACAUGGACCUAUUGUCCACCCGCAGUGUUCCUACAGACAUAUUCCAGAUGCAGGCCACCACCCGCUUCCCUGGAGCUUAUUACAUUUUCCAAAUUAAGUCAGGGAAUGAAGGCAGAGAGUUCUACAUGAGGCAAACAGGGCCCAUCAGUGCCACGCUGGUUUUGACCAGACCAAUCACUGGCCCCCGGGACUUGGUGCUUGACCUGGAGAUGGUGACCGUGAACACUGUUGUCAGCUUCCGAGGCAGCUCUGUCAUCCGACUAAGAAUAUUUGUGUCUCAGUACUUAUUCUGAGUCCUGACUUCGUUGCUGUGCCCUUUCCUGAUGCCCCUUCCCUCUCAAAAAAUGUGACCGUUUCAAUCUGCAUAGACCUGGUUCUCCACACCUUCCUCUUCAGCCUUCCUCCAUAUCUUGACAAAACAAACAAUUAUACAUAGAUAAAUUCUUCAAAAAUAUGAUUUUGUCUUGAGAUAUUGGUCACUAUUCCUGCAAACAUAUGUAAAUAUAACCAGGCACCCUAGUUCCUUUGGUAAUGCAGUCUUUGUAGACUCUCCCAUUAUACCAUGCAGUAUGAAGCAUGUCCACUAUAUGGAAUCAUACCCCACCAAAUGCCUUAGAAUAAAAACACUGGUGAGUGUCUCUUUUGCUCUUAACAACACUAUUGAAAGGCAACAACAAAACAAACCAGUGCACACCCCUUUUCGGCAAAUUAAUUUUCUUUAUUAUUCAUUAUAAAAUGAUAAAAAUGAAUGCAGAAACCAAUGUUGCCUACUACCAUCUGUAGUUAUUAAUCUAAACAAAAGUAUAUUGAAUUUCAGAAAAAAGUAGGGUUAUAGAAGUAAACAUUCCCUAUAAGUAGUGUGUGUUGUAUUUGUUUAACAUAAAGUGCCAAGCUGUUAAAAUACAGCAGCAAUAAUCCAGCCUUCAUCUAAUUGUAUUAUCCAUUGCCUUCUUUUCCUGCUUUUCCUAUGUUCUUCUUGUGCAACUGUAGUUUUUUAGGAAAUGUAACCUAUCCCUGUUUUGGUUCUCAAGUUCCUGAAUAACUGGGUUCAUGGGUAUAUCACAGGCAAGGCCAUGAUCCCUGGUUGCAUGAGCCUUCCCCUAUCUACCCUUUUACUUUAACCUAUGCACAUAUAAUUGUAUGUCUUACCCACUUCACAUUGAACAUUUUUUACAUAGUUUUAAAAGAUCAUUUUCUUUUAGAGGUAUUCAUUUUUUUUUAUGCUCCAUGUUGAGUAAGCCAGUAAAUCUUGAUGGGUUUCAUGAACUGAGGCAAAUUUCAUGGCAGUAGCUGCAUCUUUUUUGCUAUGAGAUCCUCAAAA